AUGUGUGUACCCUUGCGUGAUCAAUCUGGCAAGGUCAGGUAUUACCUUGGCGCUCAAGUUGAUAUCACUGGUCUUGUCAACGACUGUACAGGGCUUGCGACUUUAAAGAAAAUCGUCGAACGCAACAACGAGCAUCGAAGCCAUGUGACGAAUCGAGACAUCCCGAAAGAGACUCUCCAACGGGACGAAUUCGAGCAACUGAGCGAAGCGUUCAAUUCGCAAGAGCUGGAACAGCUGAUUACGCUAAGACGGCGUCAACAGCUUCAGUCUGAAGAGGGUUUCAUCUAUACAGAGUCGGAGAAAAGGCAGCGAGAUGAUGAUUCAACGUCUAGAACGCCUCUUACAGACCUAGAUGAUAGUUUUCAACUCAAUGGACAGGGAAGUGCUCCACCUCUGGGCUACUAUAAAACCUAUCUUCUGGUUCGACCGUAUCCAUCACUCCGUAUCCUGUUUGCCUCGCCUGAUCUGCGGAUACCUGGAAUCCUCCAGUCACCUCUGCUGAGUCGGAUUGGGGGCAGUAGUCGGGUCCGCGGCGACCUUGCUCAUGCUCUUGAAGUUGGCAGGAAAGUUACCGCCAAGGUACAGUGGGUAUCCAAAACCGCCACGAAAUCUCGAGCUCGAUGGAUUCACUGCACCCCGCUUCUAGGCGUCAACGAUACCAUAGGGGUCUGGAUGGUGAUCCUUGUAGACGAUGAAGAUGACGGGGAGGGAGAGCGCGAACAGUUUCCACAAGAGACGAGUAGUGCCAGCCGGCAAGGGUCAAACCAUACGGCAGAUGCCCUACCGUCGGACGAAAAACGACACAGGGGCAAUCUUUGUGGCGUUUCUACCAGCAUAUGGAGCGACACCUCUGAGUCCAUAAUUUCCGACGAGAUUGGAAAGCCCAGGCCAAGGCGGCCGAUGCUCCGGCAGCCGUCAGAAAUGGGUGUUUCAGCUCAACAGCCUCUCGUGGUUCGGCCGGAGCCAAAGAUUGCUGGACGAGCAUAUUCUGUCACCUCAAGCAGUGAUCGACGCAUUUCUGUUGCCCAGGAAAGCAGAACCUCGAUUGGAGGCGCUGACAGUAGGCCCGCAAGUCAAGGUAGCGCUAUUUCGCCAAUCCAAAACACCAUGCAGCCGAAAGUGAAGAUUGCUGGGCGCCCUAGCUUUGACGGAGACGGUGCACAGAAGGCAGCCAUCAACAUGCCCGGACGAUCUGGUGCUGAGAGAGAGACAGGCAUGGGUGGCAGGCCAUCUGGCCGAAGGACUUACAAAUCGUUGUCUCCCUAUGGAAUUUUGUUUGAGGACUGA